CACGGUAACGUUCUCGAGAUAAGGGACAAUUAUUAGCGGAAAAAUUGAUUUCGAGGCGCAGGAUUUCGCGAAUAGGAUAAAAUUAAUCAAAGUGUACUUUUUGGCUCUCGAUAUUCCAGCGAGAGGUUCCUGCGCAGGUUAACGGCACGCGUCGACCACGAAUAUCCUCGCGCGAGCGAUUCCGCGUAGAGAAGUGCGCGGCGCGGGACGUCGCGGAUAAUUCGAAUCCGCCUUUAGCCGCCGAAGAUGAGUCUGCGGGUUCGGGGUCCGUUCGCAUCUCCGGUUUGUUGAUUUUGAGUUACCAUAAAAAAGUGUCAUGGCGUCUAGGGUCCAUGUGGACAACACGGUGAACGAACGUCGUUUGCGGCCGAUUUAUGACUGGCUGGACAAUGGGAACAACAAGAAGGCUCUGCAGGAGGCGGACAAGGUGCUCAAGAAGCACCCGAGCAAUCAGUGCGCCAGAGUGCUCAAGGCGCUGGCACUCCUGCGGCUUGGCAAGGAGAAUGAAUGCCAGGUUAUCAUAGACAAAGUGCGGUCUGAGGUGCCCUGCGAGGACUCCACUUUACAGGCCAUGACUAUCUGCUACAGGGAGAUACAACAGCCCGACAAAAUUAGUGAGGUUUACGAGGCUGCUGCGAAGGCAGAGCCGAAUAAUGAGGACCUUUUGACGCAUCUGUUCAUGUCGUACGUUCGCCUUGGCGAUUACAAGAAGCAACAGCAGACAGCUCUGAAUUUGUAUAAAUUGAAACCCAAGAAUCCAUAUUACUUUUGGGCAGUUAUGAGCACAGUGAUGCAAGCUAUUUAUGCGGAUAAAAAGCUAGCGAGGGAAGUCAUCUUGCCUUUAGCAGAAAGAAUGGUCCUAAAGUUUGUGAGAGAAGGGAAAAUGGAGGCGGAGCAGGAGGUGCAGCUUUACUUGAUGAUUUUGGAGCUGCAGGACAAAAACGAGGAGAUAUUGAACGUACUGUCUAGUCCCUUAGCUUCGCACCUUUCGCACGUGUCGCAACGAAAGGCUAUGAUAUUAGUGAAACUAGAGCGGUUUACCGAAGCUGCUGAUGCAUAUCGCGAACUUAUCAAAGAAAACAUUGAUAAUUGGGCAUUUUAUCAAAAUUACCUUUUGGCGGCCUUAAAGUUCCAACAACCGGCAGAAUGCUUGGAUUUUUUUAACAAUAUCAUUAAAACCUCUGAAAAGAAAGUACGCGCGCCAUACUUGGCCCGCUUAGAAUUAAUAAAACGUACCCGUACUGACGAAGACCUACAGUGCAGUUCGCAACCUGUGGACUUCAUGCGCCAAUAUUUUUCCCAAUUCGGAGAGAAAGGCUGCGUAGUCGGUGAUUUACAAUUGUAUCUGGAUCUACUUACGCCCGAGGCCAAGUUGGAAUUACUCGAAAAGAUUGAAGAAGACAACGGCGUUAAGCCGGACGAGUGUCCAACUACCGUGAAUCAAAUGCAGAAGCACAUUCAUUGGGAACAAUUGCGGCGUAUCUGUGGCUUCCACCAUCCACCUCUGACGGAUCGAGAUAAACAGGAACAAUUGAUAAAGCGAUUAUACGAUUUGUAUAAAAAGGGUCUCAAGUUGUGUCCGAUGCAAGACAGGCUGCCAACGGACUUUUGUCCGGCAGAUCCGUAUAUUUUGUUAGCUUCGCAUCUCCUGCAUCAGUUAUGGACUGAAACUAGUGAUGCAUCCUUUCUUUAUAGAGCAAUCUCGAUUUUGGAAUACGGUCUCCUGUCGAGUCCUGUAAAUUUUCACAUCAAAAUCUUGCUCGUGCGUAUGUACCUAGAAGUUGGUUUGGUGAUCGCGGCCGAUCACAUAUUUACAUUGCUCGAUGUAAAGCAUCUUCAGCUGGACUCACUGGGUUAUCUCUAUGCGCCUCUUCUCGCACCUCUCGGUAACUUGCCUCUGGCCUCGACCACUCUUGAUCAUACAACGAAAUUUUUCAUGAGCAACUACAAGGACAGCGCGGAUCAUCUGACGUUUGCGUAUAAAUACGGGAGCUUUAUAAAGAUCCAGGAGUUCGUCGACCUGAGAGAACGCUUGGAGAACUCGCUCCACUUCGUUAUGACGACCGUGGACAAGAUGCUGCUCGAGUUGUGCUGGUGCGACAGCACUGCUUCCUUCUUCUCUUGUCUGAGCGCUAUGCACAUAAUACCUCAGUACGAUACGAUCAGAUGGACAGCUCUACGCGAUAAUCGCGAUUUGGAGGUCGUUCGCGGGUGGGAGCCGAUGAGUCAGUGCGAGAAGGAUCCAAGGAUGCGGGGCGAUACAAGUGCGUGCAUGCUACGACUUCUUUCAGCGAGGAAUCUAAUAUUGCGGACUUUGGCGGCGGCCGCCGAGCCGACUCCUGAUUUGUUCAUUCAACUGGCCAACGAGCUUACCACGAUAGACCAAGAUAUAAUCCCAUCGUUAUUGGAGGGGAUGCAAAAGGGCGAUAGGAAGGAUAAACCGUGCAACAUACUGGCUCCGAUGGAUGCCUACGAGAGAUUACGCGAAGCUCAUUACUCCGAGCAGCUCAAGACUAUAGCGUGCCUUUUGACAUCACUUUCUCGCUCUCAAUGCCCGGACUUCGAUUGCAUAGAGACACUGCGAAAGUCCCCCUGCUUGCAGCCAUUGCCCAUCCCGGAACGGGACACGCCGGUGUCCUUCAAAAGCUUCUUGUUCAGAGCCUCAACUUGCAGCGAAUCCCUGGCGUUCGUCGGCAUCAUAUGUAGCGCGUACGCGAUGCAAUCGGAACCGCGCACUUCGCAGAAGAAGAAUAAAAAGAAAUACAACAAGAAGAUCGAAGCGAACGGAAUAAACGGUUCUAAUGAGACAAAGACUUGGAGGGAAGUAGCUGCGAUGUUAUCGGAGAAAGUUGAAAAGUUAGACGCGGUCUUAACGGAAUUUGAGAAAUUUGAGGUGUACACGGGACUGGACGAGAAGGACGAAGUAUGCGCGAACAUCGUGAAAAGCGGACAAGUGAGCCUCAGCCAAAGUUGCAGAUCUCUGAAAUCUCGCACUCAGUCCAUAUUAAGGCUUCUAAGUACUUUAAAGAGCUGAAACUACUCGACAAUAUUUGUACAAAGACUAUCUGUAUCCGUUUACUUAACAAUUUUCAAAAGUGUCCGGAGAAUUCUGUACAUAAUUCUUAGUCCCAAUCGAUUAUAAAUAAUGAAUGAAUUUAAUGUCGAUUAAAAUACUUGAGCCUACUUUCAUUUGCGUAAAGGAUGAUUCGCGAUCAUUUCGGUACAUCAUCAUUUGAUCAACUUGUACGUUUACAGCUAACGAUACGUAGCGCCAGGAAAUGGAUGUAAAAAUACGCACAAUCGCAAAUUCUUUAGUUUCUAGAAUAUUUACACGCAGAAGAGGCAACAUCACUGUCCCAUAUCGAUUCGAAGUUCGGUUCAUAUAUUUCUAGUUACGCGCUAUUCUUUAUGAAUUAAUUUUAUAUACCAUGAAUAACGCUGACUGUUCCUGCACGGACCAAUGCCAUAUUUUAUGAGUUACUUCUUAUUUCUCUUUGACGUUUCUACACUGUAUAGAAGGCUAAAAAUUAUUUUAAAAAGUAAGGUUUGAGUAACGUGGAUGGAUAGUUGAUUGUAAUUUCUGCUCAUCUCGGAUCAGUAAUGACGAAUCACUUGCUGCACUGUUUGCGGAGAAAUAAAUUGUUGACACGAGUGCAAUCGAUCAUCGAUCAGAAAAUUGUUUUGUAUCUUACUUUUCUGCUUAAAAUCGAGAAACGAGUAUCAAAUUUUUUUAAUGUCCACUUGGACAUUAACAAUACAAUCAAUCAAUCCGAGACCGUUUCUCGCGUUUUAACGAGAACACUUGAUAUUUGUGUUCCACUCGUUCGCAACGACAUUCUUGUGGCAAAAACUAGCGCGAUAAUAAAUAACACUGUUUAUUAAAGAAUACUGUUCAAUAAUAAAAUGUUUAAUAAUAAA